UAUUAGUUGACUAAUUACCUCUUUCCAUGAUUCAAUCCUUGCUCUCAUUCCAUCUUCUAGUCCAAAUUCCGCAGGUUUAUGCCCGCAUUUCUCUCCUAUCUUACCAGCCCCCACCCCCACCUUCCACGCAAAUUACUACACAGUAAACCUGUGUGCCUUCUUUCAUCUCUCUUCCGAUUGGUACUUGGUAACUGGUGUUGUUCAUUUCCAAAUGACGUUGCUUGCAAAAAGUGCCUUGCUUUCUAUAGGCUCACAAGCUUCAAGUUUUUUUUCCUAGAGACGGAAAAGAAGUACCUGAUUUUCACGGAGACGAACUACUUUAGUAAAGUAGUUGAUCAGGUGUGAUCACUACUCUUUUUUGUUUUUUCUGUUCAUAUGCAUAUUUUAUACCUUUAUUGCUCGAAUAUGGUAGUCUGAGAGUUGUGUCUAUAAGUUGGUGUCUUCG